AUGGCAACUCCUGCACUUGGGCUCAUCAAGAUGUCAUUGUUAAUUCAGUACUACCUGCUCUUCAACAUGCGCCGAUACAUUCGCAUCUGCGUCUGGGUCGGUGCCGUCGUCUUUGGCCUCUUCUACAUCUCAGUCACCAUCACUGCCUUUGUGCUUAAUAGCCCAUGGGACGGUGAUUCGCUACUCGAGACUGUUGUUUCGUGGCACUACCUGAAAUUUGCCGAUUUUGCGAUACCGACAGGCGUCAUUGGCAUGGUAUUCGAUUGGUAUCUGUUCUUCCUUCCAUUGCCGGCCGUUUGGGCUCUUCACUUGAGCACAUCGAGGAAAAUCGGAAUCUCGCUCGUCUUUGCGACUGGUCUCAUGGCCGCUGUCGCCUCUGUCGUUACACUCUACUAUCGAGUCAAGAUCCAGAGCGAUUUAUCAGACGUCACUUGGAAGGUGGGCUAUGUGCUCCUCUGGUCGCAAGUCGAGAUGUUUGCUGGCGUAACGGCCUCAAGUAUGCCGGCUGUCCGGCAAUUCUUCAGCCGACAAGAGCGUCUCAUGUCGUGGGGCUCAUCGCUCAAGCGCACUAUCAUCGGCGGUUCCUCCCGCAACUCAUCUAGCGCCGGCCAACUUCCAGGUCAUGUUGCGACACUACAGCCAUAUGCAAGCUCGGGAACGAAGAAGAGCGGCGUGGAGACGGAAAAGGAGCGAGAUGAUCAUGUUGAAGCCGGCCGUCACGACUCCCACUUUAGGAUGAGCCGGGACAGCGCAUCCAGCUUAGUGAAAGAUGACGCCACAAUGUCGUUGAAAUCAGUCAGCGUUGGUAGCUGGUAA